AUGGAGAUGCGGGGUGCCGCCCGUAAGCAUGUGUGCAACUACCAUUACCGGGAGAUCUGGGCUCGCCUCCUUCCUGUUCGGACCCCGCUGCUACACGUUGUUCUAGCUGGCGGAACUCCCGACGGCAAGAGAGUGAAGGACCCUUCGGAAGCCAGGCUGAAGGACCUCCAACUACGAUAUUUCACAGAUUGCGGCGGGAAUUUCAAAUUGAACGCGGGUCAGUGUAAGGAGAUAACUUCACCGCGUUUUCCCAAAAAUUAUAGGCGCAACUCCCGCUGCCCAUGGAAGUUUCAAGCCAACAACUCAUCCACGCCGAUCAUCAUCAGUUGCAACGUCUUUAACUUGCAAAAGAGCAAGAACUGCAAGAAGGACAACGUGAUAUUGGCAGACGGAGGAAAGAACAAAAUCAUUGCAUGUGGGGAGAAACGAAGCCUGUUCUGGCGGAGCGACACAGGCAGCCUCGAUGUCUUCUUCAAGUCGAACUUUUUCUGGCAAAAGCAGGGCUUCAAUGCACGAUUUGUGGCUGUAGUAUUCAACACCGGUAAAAAGUUUGUGGCCAUACAUUCGCGCAUCAUCGGCGGGGCACCAACGAGGAUCAAUGAAUACCCGGGCAUAAGGGAAUCGUUUCGCGCCCUACUGCGGCGGUUCCAUUAUAUCCAGCGAUGA